UGGUUGGAGUACCACUCGCGGAUCUGACUCUCCAGCGUUGCAUUGGCGGCCUCUAGAAGGCGCACCUUUUCCAGGUAGGAGGCCAAGCGGUCAUUGAGGUUCUGCAUGGUCUGUUUCUCUCCGCCGGCAGUGGAAAAACUGCCGCCGCCACCACCACCACCACCUCCAAACAUUGACAUGUCAAUGCCGUUGGAGGCGUAGGACACCUUGACGUUUUUGCCACCUGCUCCGCCAUAGACGCUUCCACCCCGUCUGGCGCUCAUUGUGGGCAUAGAAUACAGAGACAUAUUGGGGCGAUAGGCCAUGGUGACGUUUCUUCUGACUCAGGUGCAGAGAGCACUGGAACCUGUCAAACCCAACGAGUGGUGAGGAAGAGAAAAUCAGGAAUCACAUGAGCAGCGAUCAAAGAGUUCCUUGACGCCCACCCGUGAGGGAACAGAGGCAGAGGAAUGUAAAGUCAGGUCAGGCAGUGUCCACCGCUGAAGCCUCCAUCUCUACUGUUGAAACUUGACAAACAAGCCACCACCUGCUUUCCCCGAAGCCCCUAGUUAUGUGAUUCCCCCUGUCGUACACUCCUGCAGAUGUCGUGCGAUGGAGGUUAUUCCUUGGAUCUUUGUGGGAGCACAUGACGUCUAGAAACAGGCCGGGUGACAUUCCCUGUUUGUAGUCACAGCAGAAAUCAUCUGCCCCAGACAGUCAGAAAAGAGCUGCCUGCUACGCCCAUGCAGGUGCUGCUUAUCCAGGAUUUUAACUAACAACAUUAUUAGUCGUCGUCAUCAUCGGCGCUCUCUUGCCAACAGGAGGACACUUUCCUGAGAGGGUGUGGUGUCAUGAUGGUGUCCAUGGACUUGCUACAGGAUUCCAGUCACACCAUGCUGGGACUAAAUGUCCGUUUAAGAGGCUUCCUGGAGCAGGUGAACAGGCUGCAGGAGACCAACCGGAGAUUGGAGACUCAGAUAGCGGACUGGGGCGUGAGGAGUGACUCACGCUCCCGGGACUGGUCCCUGCAGGAGCAGACUGUGAAGGAGCUCCGGACACAGGUUGGUAGAUUACUGAUGGAGAACGCCCAGCUGGCAUUACAUUCCGACACCAUGAAGUCCAGAGCUGCUGCCAUCCAGGCCAGGUGUGAGACAGAGGAGAAAAACACCCUGCGACUGGAGCAGCAGGUGGUGUUGCUCAGAGAAUCAAAGAGGAAAGCAGAUGAGAGCAGUGAGAUGCUGCAGGCGAACCUUCGACACUCUAUGACGGAGAUGCAGGAGAUGCACCAGGAGUUUGAGGCAGCUCGGGCUCUACAGCUGCAGCGGGCCGACUCCUGCGAUGCUCUGUUAGAGACGGCCGCAGCAUCAGCAGGAGGAGGUGGGGAGAAGGAGGAUGGCACAGCGAUGGAGCUCACCCAGCUCCUCGACAGAAUCAGAGCGCAGUGCGACCAGAGUAGACUCCCCAGCCCGGGUGAGAGACACCUCAGCCUGGGCUCUGUUUCAAAUCCACUCCCCGGCUCUGCCGGGCCUGGCUGCCCCGGAGCAGCAGCAGCAUCCAGAACACACGGAGGAGUUCUCAGUGAGGAGGAGGCAGCAUGGGCGCAGGUGAGCCUCGGCGGCGCUGCCCUGAGGGAGGCCCGGACCGAGCUUGCAGAGGCCAGAAGGCAGUGGCACACCCUGCAGGUGGAGAUAGAGACCCUACAUGCUUUGGAGAAAGGCCUGGAGAGCUCCCUGCAGAACACCCAGCGGCAGUACUCCAGCCAACUGCAGGACCUUUCCCAAGUGAUCACAGGGCUGGAGAGCGAACUGGAGCAGGUGAGGAACGGGCUGGCAACCCAGCGCCAACGCCACAGCCAGCUCCUCAACACCAAGAUGAGACUGGAGCAAGAGAUUGCCACUUACCGACGUCUACUCGAUCGUGAAGAGGGCAGGUACAUGGGUCGUAAUAUGCCGUCAAUGAGUCUGCGGCCCUGGAGGUCUUCUGUCGUCGAGGAGAAAGAGAACAGCCUAGAAAAUGGCUUCAGUGACCCCGCCGUUACUCCGGAUGAACCAAAGUCUGAGCCCCUGCCCGAAAUACCUUCACUUCUCCCAACAGACAACGGGCUGAAGAAAAGCAUACUGCACAGACAGCAGAGCCUUGUGAUACUCACAGAGCCAGAACAAGAUAAAGACUUGCCAAUCUCCACUGUGAAGACUCAGGAGAUUCUUCAGGGCAACGUGGUGCGAGAGAGUGCAGAGGGCCACGGCACCAUCGAGACGGAGAAGAUUGAUAAGGUGAUAAAGCAGUGGGAGGGCUCUUUCUUCAGAGGGAAUCCAAAGCUGCGAAAGAAGUCUGUGUCUCUGCGCUUCGACCUGCACAUGGCUGCAGCAGACGAGGGUUGCGCCCAGACCAAACAGGACAGCCUGCCUGAUGUGGAGGUGUGUCUCAUCAUGAAGAGAUCUCGCAGCAUCCCGACUAUCACACCAUAGCGCCAUCACUGGGUCGCCAUGCAGACGAGACACCAGUGUGCAGCUGUUUGUGGGGACACCGGUGAUGUUGAAGUUACAGAAAUGUAUCAUGUACAGCUGGGACAUUACCAUCCAACAUGCCAACAUGCUUAAUAUGAAUUUGAAAUUGUAGCACUCAUCGUACUUUGCAUAACAACAGAUGAAUUACACUCUAACAGGGCCAUUUUAUAGUGCCAGAAACACAUCAAAUAUAUCAGACCUAUGUACAGAGGAUAACUAAAUAAUAUGUACACAUCUUCGUCAUCAUUGUAGAUACAAUAAGUGUCUCUCAAUACUGUCGUUAAUUCAGGAGGUCACAGACAACAGAGAUUAUAUUACAUAAAUCGUACUCAUAUUAACACUUGAUUCAUGAGUGUACAAACAGAUGUAAGGUAAACAGAGGUGGGAAGUCACAGAUCACUUUGAGCUGCUGUGAACUAUCUGAAGAUGUUUUGUUUCUUUAAGAGGCUGUACAGAAAUGUUUUGGGCUCCGGGGUUACGAAGAGGAUGGAAUGUGGGUUUUUCUUUACAGUAACGGGAUGUCAUCUCUCUAGUUAGCUUGUAGCUCCCACCUGCAGUUUAUUCUGCAUCUCAAAGCAGAUAUGAGGUGAAACGUGUCAAAGUAUAAACAAAUAAAUAGACUAGAAAAUACAUUAAAGAGGAAACAGUAUUUAAUUGAUGUUUCUGUUUAAAACACAAUUUAAAAAUGCAAAUUCAACAUCCUAUUUUUGUAUAGGUAGCUAUGCAUUGUUUUUCCAUGAUACCAUGGUCAGAGUGAAUACUCAAUUCUGAUUGGCUGCUAAUGUGCAUUAAUCUUGACAAACACCGACUAUGCAGUUUCUGUAAAACUGUGUGUUUUACAAAUUAAUGCACUCGCAUUGCCAAGCUGUAUCUCAAAUUCCUUUCAUUUAUUGAAUAGUAAAUAAUGUUUCCAGUGCAUGAUAAACUUGUAGGAAAAGAGUGAUUGUUUCAGGUAUCGGUCAAACCCUCAGGAAGAGCAACAGAAAAACCCCUGAACAGAGAAAAUGGUUGUUAAAAGAUUUCCAUUUAAACUACCAAAACUGCUUCUCCAGGCUGCAGCCGAAUUACACAUGGCUCAAAAAGUUGUUUAAAAAUCUUCAUAGUAUUAGGGAUCAGUGACAUGGCUACAUACUGUAGUUAGCUAGUCAUGACAUGAAAUAUAUUGUCACAUAGUAUUGAUUUUUUUUUAACCAAGAUUAGUGACCUUUAAUCUCCUGAAAGCAUAGCACUAUCUUUCUGUUCAUAGCUCAAAGUUUCAUGAGCUGAGCAGUAUCAACAUCACCUUCACGUGUGAUGGGGUAUGAAAAAUGUGUUUGAUUUACAGAAUUAGAGAACAACAUUCCCAUGGUAUUAGAACCUUGUGGGAUUUUAAUGACUCUUUGGGAAUUAGUCCCACCCUCAGGCAGAGGUUAACAGAGCUAUGACUUUGAUUACAAAUUAAAACAUAAACAAAUGAUCUUAAUUUAUAGUGAGUAACCAUGGGGUUACUAGGAUGAUGCCUGGGAGGUGCCCGUAAUUAAGGUUUGAUGCACUGCACGGAGUCAGUUGGACUAUUCUGGCCUCCUUGUCAUCCCUUAAUUACUGAUGAUGGAAACCUCUAAGGUAUUAGGCGUCUGUAAAUAUAUUGUAGUUCAAAUUAAAGCACAUUAUAUAAAAUUAUUUGCGCACUUUUAUGUAUGAAUGGCUAAAUUGAUUGGAACAAAGAAAGUAGUGUUGUAUUAUUAAAAGAUUUUGUUGGUCAAGGGCCAAUGACAAUAUGAAUAAAGUUUGAGAGGGCUUCUUUAAAAAAAAACCAUGAUGUUCUACCCUCACUGACAAAUUGAUAAUUUUGGUACAGUCCCUCAAACUUGCACUGCGGACACAAACAGCACUUAAAAGAACAUCAGCACUGAGAGAUUUCCCAUCAUUCCCAUGGGGUGUGUACUUUGAGGGUCUUUGUCAAUGCAGUUCAUGUCCAUGUAAGUGAAAAAAAACCUCUCUUUCCAAACUGAUAAUGUAGCUUCAUUUCACAGUUAUCUUAGAUGUACUGCUCACUGUGAUCUUAACAGCAGUGAGGCCCUUUACACUCACCGUGUGUCUCAGAGAAUUUAGAUUGCCUGUCUUAACCACAGGGGGGCAGUAUUUGUAAAUAGUUAACACUGCAGUGUAUCCUCAGCGCUCAACUUGGGUUGUGUGGCACAUGCUAUCUGUUACACACACACACACACACACACACACACACACACACACACACACACACACACACACACACACACACACACACACACACACACACACACACACACACACACACACAUUAGAUUAAGAGUUUUUAUGCUUUUCAGUUUUAAUUUGGCACCAAAGAUAUUAAACCUAAGAAAAGGACUAUUGUGCAUUGCAUUUUGGGUGCCUCAGAAUAAGUUGAGAGUAUUUAAAGAUAUUAACUAUGCAGUUCUGUGCUUGGUUUUGCUUUGCUUCAUGAAGCACACUCUUCAUUUUGGGAGCUCUGUAACUUAAGAAUGAAGCAUUUAUCAGCUUUUAUCUAAUAAAUUAUCAUUUC